AUGACUCUACCUGAAAUGAAGGAAUCAAUGCAGAUCUUCAAUUCAAAAUCGAAAUGGGAGAAUGAUAUUGGUGAACUAUUAAAAGAAUGUAUUUAUCAGAGUGUAGAAGAGAAGAGAAUUACUUGCGGGGUUUUUGAUUGUGCCAAACUUCUCAAAAGCAAUCCAGAAAAUGUGAUGAUUUGUGUUUUACCAGAGGCUGAAAGUGAAAAUAUUUCAAUUCAUAUUCAACAUACUUUAAUUGAGGCUUUCUGUUGGGAAAAUGACAUUCGAAUCUUGAAGGUCAAGAAUCAACAGUCUGUUGGAAACAUUCUCUGUGGUGAAAAAGAGAAAAAUGUUACUGAUGAAAAUUCUGCCAUGAAACCAGACAUUAGCUGUCUGAUGAUAGAGUAUUCUGGUGCUAAAAUGAGUAGCGAGGACCAAGGAGUCAUUUGGUAUCAUGAAUCGAUUAUAAUGAACACAGACUUUCCGAAACCAGUGAUACACCUCCCUGAUUGA